AUGGGGUCUAUACAGUCUCUCUGCCUUGCAAAACCCUCACUUCUCCAACUCCCCCCUGAUCCAAGGACAGAUGUUUUCUCCCUUGACUUGUGGUCUCUCAACUCUUUUGUCCAAGCAUGCAAAGCGCUAUAUCUGCUCCUGAACCCCUCCCUUUAUCAAUGGGAUGCCGAGUUUUACUCCAACCGUGCGCUGCUUUGGGCAGCGAAAAGUGGCAACAUAGCAACUGCACGGCUCUCACUCAAAGCGAGGCUCCCGGAGAAAACAUACCACAAAAGAUGGGAGUACUUGUAUGUAGCUACAUUACGAAAUCAACAAGCCAUAGUGCGCCUGUUGCUGGAGCAUGGCAUUGAUCCCAAUCGGGUUGCCUACUGGGACACUGAGGCGAAAGCCUCCAGCGAAGCCUGGAAUGACGACAGUAUCAACCUGGUCGAGGAAGCCACGCGCGUGGGCUCUGAGCCAAUUGUCAAAUUAUUACUUGAUCAUGGGGCGGUUACUGACCGUCUAACAUUCAAGGCAAUGCUGACUUACACAGUGAGGCGAGGGCACCUUGGUAUCACCAAACUUCUUAUGGAGAAUGGAUGUGGUCUUGGGUCGAUCGACCUUGGUGAACAGCAGGAUGCUCUAUGCAAAGCAAUCAAGGCAGGAUCCACCAGUGUGGUUCGGUUCCUGCUUGAAAAAGGAGUUUUCCCCGAGAUACAGCCCGAGAUACAGCCCGAGAUACAGCCCGUGAUACGGCCGCCAGGUCGGUCAUCCAUGGCUCUCGCCGCUUGCCUACGCGAUCCAGAGAUAGCCAAGAUGCUACUUGCCCAUGGGGCGAAUCCAUUCCCCGAGGAACCGGCCGGCAUCAAUGUCCUCCCACUGGCAAAUGCUUCCACUUUGGAAAACUAUGCUGUGGCUCAGCUCCUCCGUGAAUCCACCGAUCUGCAGGAGAUGAUCAGAUCGAGAGGCCGGAACCAAGAAUUGCUUUUGUUGUCCGCUGCUGCCUGUGGAUGGGACGACAUGGUAGAACAAAUCCUCGGCCAGAGCUGUCCAGUGGAUACAAUCGCAGCUAUUCCGUACCCGUUCUUUUCAACCAAAAGUUCCGGCCUCUUCAGAGAGCGUCUCCCAGCUAUAUCGCUCGCAGCCGGUCGAGGUCACUAUAGCACUGUGCAGCUACUGCUUUCUUAUAACGCAAGCUACAACCCCCCGUCGAAAUACGAAGAACCCUUCCCGCUUCUCCAUGCAGUUGCAUCAGGGCACCUGGAUAUUGUGGAGCUUCUCCUCAACCACGGCGCAGAGCCAAAUGGUAUAGGACGAUGGCACUGCUGUCAAAAGGAGGUCGGUGACCUGCCGUGCAUCUAUUGGGCUGUAAAAUACCCAGAUAUCUUCGGCCUCCUGCUUAAUCGAGGUGCGGAUCUAUUGCUGCCAGCAGCAAAAGCCAGAAUCAGAACCGAGCGGGAUCCAGAGACCGAUGCGAUUACCGUAAUCCAUCAUAUGCCUGGGGGCACAGGACGAAUGGUGACAGAACCCAUAAGUACAUUUGUCAUUCAGAAUGCCAUCGAAACCGGUUGUACCGAAGCAGUCCAAAUCCUCCUAGAGAGAGGCAUACCAUUGCCAACCAUUGGCGCUGACCAUUGGGAUCGCAAGUCCUUCCUAGUAGCGGUAAUGAACGGGGGUGAAGCAAUGGCAAGACUUGUCUUGGACCAUGGACUGAACGUUUCUCCAGGAGGCCGAGAUGCCGAGGAAGCCAUACAUCUUGCUGUCCUUAGCGCACGUUUCCCAGUGUUUAAGCUCCUGCUGGACAGAGGAUUGUUGAAUUCUCCAUCUGCUUCCCCAGGAGAUCGAAACAUAUUAGGAAUGGCGAUACCCACGUCUCCAACGCCGAAGACAGAUACAACUACCGGUGUAACUACUUCGGAUCUGCCCCCAGAAGACGGCGCAUACAGCGAACUGAGAAACUCACCUCUAGAAAAGUCGCCUCUUGAUCAUCUGAUCAAGACUGGGGUUGCACCAGGUCCAGGCAAUACGGACAUUUUCGUUCAGUUUUUGUUGGAACAAGGUGCAGAACCCCUUGCAGGGUCUUCUGUCUUUCAGACUCCAUUGGCAAUAGCUACAGAACGAGGAUAUUACCAUCUCGUUUGGCUUAUGCUGAGAGUCAUUGAUAGACAGACUAUCACGCAGAAGGAGCUCAUACUUAAACUUGGCGCGCUUUUUAUACCGGAAACACCAGAUGUAACGGUCGGUAAACGACUUGCCGCAUACUACGCUAAGCGGACUAGAAAUCUCUACAGAAAGUGA